AUGUAUAGACAAAUACCUUUAUCUGUUGCGUUCAGUAGUGAAAACCCUGACGUCAAAAUAAAGGGGAACAGAGUAACGUUUAAGUUUCCAACAGACUGGAUUGUGAACAUAAAUGAAGAGAAGUACAUUGGCAUAACAAAUAUGUAUAUAACACGUGCUUUCAGAAAGGUUGACUUUAUACUUCAAGUCGAGAUAGAAAAUGACGAACAGUCUUUAAGCGCCCAAAACAUUCACAUAUACAAAUACUUCAAUGACAGUACGACGUUAGAAGACUGUAUAAUUACAUUUUACGAAAAUUUUCAAAAGAAGUUUAACAUUGAAGUACAAACUUUACAGCCUUUACGUGAUUUUCUUGCAGAACUGAAAGAAGAAGGAAUUGUAGAAAGAUUAAUAGCUUUUCAUUACGAGUUUGUAGCAAAUGCUGAUGGAACUCAUGACUGUCAAUUCAUUGUAUUCUCACCAUUCAAUGAAGUAGCUAAAAAGAAAAAAAAUCCAUUACGUAUAA